AUGAAUCUGGUUGGCAUUCGAUGUGGGGAACUUGAAAAAAUCUCCCAUGUGCUACUACAUUGCUCCUUCGCGAAGGAGGUGUGGGAAACAGCUCUGAUCCGUAACUCGCUCUCACCAAACCCAGAUUGGGAUUUCAACACGACAUGGCCAAUGCUUCACCAAUUGGUCUGCCUUCCUCCGAUAAGUUCCGCUUCGGCUCCACUGGCUCCAUGGAUAAUCGGAAACCUAUGGACAGCAAGAAAUAACAAAAUUUUCAGCGACAGUGUACCCAGUAGAGGAAGUGAUGUUGUCUGGCAAAGUGAUAAUAAGGUUCCAGGACUAGGAUGGGUCUUCAUCAAGGAUCAGGAAAGCCUGAUUGCUCAACACUCCACAAUAGUCAGCCUCGUAAGAUCACCUUUAAUGGCGGAAUCUCUUGCGAUUCGCGAAGCAUUUGAGGGUGCAUUGAGACUGGCCUUCAGAAGAAUUAGGCUGGAAUCGGAUUCAAGUUAA